AUGUCGGCCUUGGCCUUGGGCCGUACUAGCCGUUGCGUUUCACGGUUCAAAACAUUGUAUUCCCAAACGAAGCUUUUUCUCGCAUCUUCCUCCUUCUCAUCCACCAGCACAGCCGAUAAGGCUGAGGAUACGGGUCGACCAGCGCCGCCUCCGAUCCGGGUCUCGCUCACCGGGUCCGCCGGGCGAGGCGUGUUCGCCACACGGAGAAUCGGAGCCGGAGAUCUCAUCCACACCGCGAAGCCGCUCGUUGCUCACCCUUCGCUUUCCACCAUCCACAGAGUCUGCUACUUUUGCCUCCGGAAGCUGCAAACUACUUUUCGAACUCAAGUUGUGCAGUACUGUAACAAAGAGUGCGAAGAGCAAUCUAAGGUGUUUUACGAUAUUGAAAGGAGAGCGAAUUGGUCAGCCUAUGAUGAUUAUUGCCGGAUAGAAGGUUUGAAGUACCCACUUCUGGUGAAACGGUUAGCUUGUAUGGUCAUAUCAGGUGUUGCAGCUGCUGACAAUAUUGACAUACUUCAACCUGCUAAUUUAUCUCCUCCAAUGAUUUCAGAGAUGGAAGAGGGUUUUGGCUUACUAAGGAGUGCCUUCAUAAAGGCAAAUACCACAAAUGAACAGAUAGCUUUUCUAACUAAGAUAUGGUAUACUAGUGUUCUGGCACGCAUUCGUAUUAAUGCGUUUCGUAUUGAAUUGGUCGGAGGAUUGUAUGAAGAUCUUCUUUCAUCAGCGGCUGCAUCUAUAGAAGCCGAAGCUGCUGUUGGUAAUGCCGUUUAUAUGCUUCCAUCAUUCUACAAUCAUGAUUGUGAUCCCAAUGCACACAUUUUGUGGAUAGAGAAUGCAGAUGCCAGAUUGAAGGCCCUUCGUGAUGUUGAGGCAGGUGAAGAGCUUCGGAUUUGCUAUAUUGAUGCAAGUAUGGAUCAUGAUGCUCGGCAAACUCUCUUGUCCCAGGGGUUUGGUUUUCAGUGCAAUUGUCUUCGGUGUCUUUCUGGUGAUUAGGUGAAUCAAUUUUUUUUUCUUUUUCUUUUAAUGAAUAUGAUAAGACCUUGUGUGAGUAUAUUUUCUAUUGGUUAAUACUUUAAUUAGAAGCAAGUCUUCUGUUUGUACUA